AUGUUUAAACCGCACCCUCAGCACAAAGGACAACCGCAGCGCUACACGCCCAACAGAGAAUCAACACCUGACAUUAGACACUACACCCCAUCUGAAAAAAAGCCCAUGGCGGAGGAGGCAGAUUUUAUGCGUACCGUGUUGCCCGUUCACGGCUCUUUUCAAUCGGAGGACACUUCUUUAGCUGUACCGCAUGCGGACAAACUCACUCACGCUGACACGCACCGGCGCAGCCGACUGCAGCAACAAGUGCAGCUCACCCUCUCCCGGAAAAGAAACAAACCAAAACUGCCAGAUUCAUUUCUCUCAGCAAGUCUGUCCAGCUGCCACAUUUCAAGUAGCUCAUCUUUAGGAAGUGCACAUGUGAAGCAUACAUCUGUCAACCAUGAUGCCAUACCACAAGCCCCCAGACCACUGAAGAGGGUUGAUACAUCUCAAUGGCCAAGUUCUGAGCCGAACUGGUUUCACAGCAGUUACAGAAGCUUUCGUCACCCCAGUUCUAGGGCAGGUUUAUGCUGGGGGUCCAAUUCUUUCACGCUCCCAAUUGCCCCUACAAUGGACCAUUUCCAUAUGAGCCUUCACCCAUUACGUUAUGCCCACUCUGAGGUUCUACGAAAAACACGUUAUGUUACUGACCUGUCAACUGUCACACCUUUCCCCAGUAAACUUGCCUUUGAGAACAAACACGUAGAUGAUACAGAUGUCGUGUUUUUAAGCAGCACCCCUCUUAAAGGUGCUUCAGAAGGAUUAGAGAGGAACAGGAUGGAAUUAGAGAAGAACACCAUUCAGAGAACCCUCAGCCAGCCAAGAGAGGGGGGUUUAGAGAACGUAUUUUGGCAGAGUCACAAACGGAAACUGAGCCUGGAGUUUGUUGCAGGAAGACGACCCUCCCAGAAGAGCUCCCUUAUCAGGAUGGAAGAGAAGUCAGGAAGUUUAGGAAUGAUUGAAAAGGUGGGGGUCAAGCAACAUGCAAUGGCAGUUCCUCCAAAGAAGGGCAAACAGGGUGAGCACAGCUCAGAAAUGACACUAAAGGAGGCUGUAGAGCUCUUGGGACAAGAUAAUUUGGAAUCACAAAUCACAGCAGCUAACUUUAUACAGAACCAGUGCUUUAACAUUCCUGAUGCUAAGAAAAAGCUACUUUAUCUACAAGGCAUCCCCAAACUGCUGAAACUCAUGCAGGAUGAGAGCGAGGAUCUCCAGCAGGCUGCCGUCAGUGCACUCCGAAAUGUCGUUUUUGAAAACAAUGAAAACAAAAUGCAAGUCAAAGACUGUGAGGGGCUUCCAGUGCUCCUGAACCUGCUCAAGAAGAACAGAGACAUUGAGACUCGACGACAGCUCACAGGGCUGCUGUGGAACCUGUCAUCCCAUGACCUGCUGAAAGAGCAGCUCUCGAGAGAAGCGGUCAAACCUCUCACAGACAGUGUGCUGGUGCCUUGCUCAGGCCUUUCUGAAGGGGAGGAUCCAAAAUUGGAGCUCCUUGCUGACCCAGAGAUCUUCUACAAUGCAACUGGCUGCCUGAGAAAUUUGAGUUCAGCUGGUCCUGAUGGACGUAAAGUCAUGCGGAACUGCGAUGAUCUCAUCGAAUGUCUCAUCUAUUAUAUCCGUGGCACCAUUGCAGACUACAAACCUGAUGAUAAGGCCACAGAAAACUGUGUGUGCAUCCUGCAUAACCUGUCAUUCGGGUUUGAUUCUGAGAUACCUAGUGUGGAUUCCCCGGUGAUACAAGAGCCCAAACAGAAUCACACAACAGAAACUACACCAGGCUGUUUCAUCCUUAAGAGUCCUAAAAAGUCUGAGGAGGAUACAGAUGCUGACUAUCCCCAACUCGAGGAGAAUGGCAAUCCACAAGGUGAAGAGUGGCUCUGGAGCGCUAUCACUUUACGCAUGUAUCUCUCUCUUAUUGCUGUUAGCGCAAACCAACAUACGAAGGAGGCUUCCAUUGGAGCUCUGCAGAACCUUACUGCUCUUUCUGGAGAGACAUCCCAGGCCAUCGCACACUUCAUUGUGCAAAAGGAGGGAGUCCUACUUCAGGUGAAGAAGAUGCUGCAAGAAGAAAAGAAGGAAGAGAUUAGAAUAUCUGUGUCAUUGCUACGAAAUGUCUCUCGCUACAGAGAAUUGCAUACAGACAUUGUUAAACAGGUGUUGCCAGAGCUGGUUGCUAGGUUACCAAACUCUGAUAGAAGCUCAGAGCAGCCAAUAGAUGUCACAGUGUCAAUCUGUCACAUCCUCAUCAACAUGAGCCAUGCAUCUGUACAGAACACCUGUGCCAUCAUAAAACAAGGAGUGUUACCCAAGAUUAUCAGCAUCAGCAACAAAGAUAAUGGAUUUGGGCCCACACGAGCGGGCCAAGCAGCCUGUAUAUUACUGCAUACUCUGUGGAAGCACUCUGAGCUUCAUAGCACUUUCAAGAAGGCUGGUUAUAAGAAAACCGACUUCAUUAACAACAGGACAGUGAAGGCUGUGAAUUCUGCUCAUGACUAAAGCAAUCCAGAUGUAUCGCCAGGACAAAGAAUUUCACCUGUUUAUUUAAGGAAAAAUGUAAAUACAUUACUUUGAGUUUUUCAUUUUUGGAUGAAAUAUGCCUUAUAAAAACUUGCCAAGUAACAUAGCUAUGGUGUGUGCUAUCCUAUUUUAAAUACUAAAUAUUUAAACAUUUGUGUUAAUUAAAUACAAGUCUGUUGACUGUAUAUAGCUUUGUUGUAUUUAUUUAUUUAUGUUUUGGUCUGUUUAAAUACAAAAUUAA